AGUAUCCUAAUCCUGAAUGUAUUAGUAUUGCAUCUAUUCUGGAAUUUGAAAUGUGGCCUGUAAUCCUUACUUCCUACAGUGGUUCUGAUUGUGAAGGCUUUUCAAAGCUUUCACAUUCUUUAUUUCAGAAAUUGCUUGCUGUUAUCCAGCAUUCCCAACACUGUAUGAUUUCAGGAAUAUCUUCAGUCAAUCUUUUUAAGAUGAUUGAGAGGAGAUGGAAUGAUCAUUUGUGUCCAAUACUGAGGCUAUUAAAGUUACACAUAGAUCUUAAGGAUUUUAAAAAAGCGAUGGAUUCAGCCAAUAACAAGAUAGCGUUGUUUCAGUUUCAUGAAGCACUUCUUCUUAACUUUGUUAAUUAUUUAGAUAAAGGGUUACAGAAAGAUUUUGAAGUUUGUGAAAUAUCACCACUUGUUAUUGAUGGUAUGCGUAUCAAUGAGUUAUGUGUUGAAGAUGGGGAAAAAUGUUGGAAGUAUCCUUCUUUGGAAGUUGCUGAUCCUGUCAAACCACUGUUAAUACCUUGUGCCAUAAUGACUUGUGAAGAGCUUAAGAAUGAUAUUUUUCACCAGCAAUGCAAGGUUCAAGUUAGACAAUUGAACAGUUCAGACACUUGGUCUCAAAUUGCUAAUGCUGUGGAAGCUGCUUUUGAAUCCUGCACUUGUAUUCUAAUAAAACUGAGAGAUGAAACAAUUAGUCUUCAUGAGAUUGACACUUUGUUUCGUAAUAAAUCCUAUGGUGUCAUUGUUUCCAUGUUAAGUCGCCUAGAAAAUGCUCUCAUGUUAUCAAAAGUUUCAAAAAAUUCUUUGGAAGCUGCCUUGGCUUUCUCAUUUCAAAAGCCAUGCAGUUUGUCCAGAUUUUUUACAAAAUCUAUAAAAACUACACCUGCAUCUUGGAUCAAUGAAGUUGCCAGCAGCAUUGCUUUGUGGAAAGGUGUGUCUCCCUUAUUGACAGAAGCAAAAAAUUUUUUAGACAUACUCCAUUAUUUUGAAGUUGAACCUGAUGAAUUCCUUGCAUUCUCUGAAAUUGAUCUUGAAACUACUGAAAUUAAAUCUGUUGCAAGAAGAAAAGAAAUUUUAGAGUUCAUGAAAAAAACUAAUGAGCAAACAAGGGAAGUUAAAGAUUCUAUAAGAAUGUUUGCUGAAAACAAGGAGCUUCGAGAUUGGAUUUUGUCUAAAAGUGAAGAUUUAAAUGCAAUGGAGACAUUCAUUGGAGUAGUAUUAGACACAUUGGCUGAAGGAGGAGAUGAAAUACAGGAUAAAUUAACAAAUUUAUCAGAGUUGUGUAGCAAAUUUUCGUCUUUGAUUUACCACUUUGAUCAAACUAAAACUAUAAGUUUGAAGAAAGUUUUUGAAGAUACUUACAAGAAGCUAUCUGAUUUAGAUGACCCUGUUGCUUUAGUUGAAAAUUGCACUAAUGAUUUUGAAUGGUACAAGAGGAUUGGAGAACUGCAGGGAUCGAUAGAGCAAGGAGCUGUGACUCAAAUGAGAAACAUUAAUCAACAUGGUUCUUAUAGUAUUCAGUCUAUAGGAGACUCUCAUGAAUGCAAAGUAGAAUUGAGCAUAGUUUGGGAUAAGGAGCAUUUAACAUUAUCAAUUGAUGAUCUGAAUGAACUUGAAAGUAAACUUGUUCUUAUUACAAGGAAGAACUCGGCAUGGGCUGAUGAAAAAGAGCUGUUUCAAGAAAUGCUGAAGAGAAUUAUUCUCAUUUCUGAAUCUGUUCAGAAGCUAAAGGAUUUUGGCCACUUAGUAUACCUUGACUGGGGGAAGAAAUAUCACUGCUCUGAAUACAUACGAGAUUUAGGAAGCCUGGACCAGGAAAUCUGUACUUUAGAAAGCAUUUUAGUUGGUUGGAUAUAUAAUGUAUGGAGCUGUCGCUAUCAGUUUCCUGAAUUGAAUUAUUACACGACAGAGCAACUAAUUGUUCUUAGAAAAGAGCUGACAUUGACAAAAAAUGAUCCAUCAAAAGAAGUGAAUCCUCAGGUUUUUUAUCUUCUUCAUAGUGUAGUUGGGGAACCAGUUGAUUCUACUAUGCUUUUAAAGAAAGGACUGAAGUGCGAUGAAAAGUCUAGUAUUGUUAAUGAAAAUGAUGAGGAGGAUAGUACAUCUUCGUCAUCAAUUGAAGUUGGUCAGUCAGCUGAUUCUCUCCUUUCAGCAGAUGAUGCAGUGAGUCUAAAUGCAUCUGACACUGAAAGCAUAUCUGUAUUACAAGAAGCUAUUGAUAAUCUUAAUGAGGAAGAGACAGAAGUAUACAAUGAAUUGGUCGGCUGUGGGUACGAUGAUUACAUGAGUGUUGAAGCAGCAAUACUGCACAAUGACAUAUAUAAUGCAAUGGAGUGGUGUGAUAAAUUAGAUGAAAAGGAAGAGGAAACAUUUCGAAAUAAAUAUUUUUCAAUAAAAACUACUGCUACAUCUACCAAUAGCAUUUCAGUUUCUCAGGACUGUUCGUUGACAGUUUCCGAACAAAACCCAAUUAAAAUAUCAGUUCUGCCCGAUUUUGCUCAUUUUGAUGUUACUGCUAUUGUAUCAAUGUUUAUAAGCAGUGACAUUCAUUCUGCCUGCAAUGUACUAAUGGAUGACAAAAAUAUGAUGUCACUCAAUGAUCUUGGAGAUUUUCUCAGGACUAUCACGGAACUGAGAGAACGAAAACAAAUCAAGAGAAUUUUUUCAGAGAAUAUUUUUGAAAAGGGUCACCCAAAUCUUAUUAUAACACCAGCAGAUGAAAUAUUCAAUUGUGUCAUUCAAAUAUAUGCCGAAGAUGAAGAUGCUCCAUUGCCCUGCUAUGAAGAAAUCCUUUUGUGCUCUUCAAGCACAACCCUUGAACAAGUAGUAGUUUUUUGGAUGAGAGCUUUGUUUGAUCAAAAUUUAGGAAGAAUUUAUUGUUUAGUUCAUGCUGAAAAACUUAGCUAUUUGGUAGCUGACAAAGCAAUUGAUUUGCUGUCAUGUCUUUCUCAAGGAAUAACUAAUUACAGGUUAGUUAUUGUGUGCAGCAAUGAAUCAGAAGGAAAGUCACAUAUUUUAACACGUCUAAAUUCCUUUCAUCGUAAUUGGGAAAAAAGUGAUGAUUCUGAUAUCCUAAAAAGAUAUUUAAAAAAACACUUAAUACCAAAAACCAAUGACAAGAAUAUCAAUGCCUCCAUCAUUGAUGAAGAAAAGUGUCUUGUUCGCAUCAUUUAUUCAAAGCAAGCUGCUGCUGGCAAAUCGCUUCAUAUUCGUAAAAUGAAGGAUAGGCUUAAUGCAGUAUUGAAGGAGAGAGACUUAUUGAUUAGCAAGAAAAAGCCAAAGGUGAUGCUAUCUAUUCCUCUACAUGGGCCUGAUGUUACUCCUGAUGAAGUACUGAAGAUGCUUUUGGCUGAGAGAAAUGUUUUGAAAUCUUGCAUCAUUCAUAUUGACGUGCCUCAACAAGUUCUUCACAGUAUUGAUGACAUUUUGUUUAGUAUAAUAAUUCUUCAAGGUCUGAGUGACAGUAGAGGACAAAUCUGGAGGUGUCGUUCCACUCAUUUUUAUGCCAUAGAAAUGACAAUACCUAGCGAAGCAAGUUACAUCAGAAAAUUUACUGAAGCAAGAAGAGCAUUGUCAUUGCUUCAUCUUGUCCCAAAUAAAGAAUGCUACCAGCCAUUAGAAAUGAUAGGAAACAUAGACAAAGGUGAUCUCACUGAUUUACGUUCGCCAAUGUAUCAAAGAGUUUAUAAGUAUUUAAAGCUCUUUGAAUCAAGGAAGUAUCAAGAACUUGAAAAAUUUCAGUACAUUGGUACCCUAGAGGAUACUGAUAGACUAUGUUUAGAAACUGUAAUAAAGCAUUGUGGUACUACAAAUCCAACAUGGAAAGAAAUACGUCAUUUUGUUUGGUUUUUGAACCAUCAACUUAGUGCUUGUGAGCAGUCUAACGUAAUUCGAACUGUCAAAGGACUGAAGGAAUUUACUGUCAAGUUUAUGAUUGAUAUGUCACGGGAUUUUGCAACAUCAUCAAUGCCUAAUAGAGAGGGAAAUGAAGACAUAAUCAAACAGCACAAUCCAAGGCAGAAUUGGGAACACAGCCUUCAUCCUUACUUAUUCUUCAAUAAGAACAGAAAGUCAGUCACACAUGUUGGACUGGCACUAAAUGGAUUAGAAGUUGUAAAUUUUUGUGAAUCCAAGUUUUCUAUGAAAAUAUCUCCGGAAGUUGAACGAUUCUUGUCACUAAAAGUGAAUGUUCCCAAAUUUUCUCAGCAGAAGAUAAGAAAUGUAUCUCAUGGGAGUGAUAAUGAAGGCUAUACACUGCUAAAACGUUUAGUAAAUUUUAUGAAUAUUUCAAUUGAAGAUGGGGUUGAAAUUAUAUCUCCAGAUGAAAAUUAUGUUCUCACACAAGAUAACUUAACCAAGAUUAUGGGUAUUCAAACUCGAUUUAGGUGUCAAAUUCCAGUUGUAUUAAUGGGAGAAACUGGUUGUGGAAAAACUCAUCUCAUUCGCUUUAUGUGUAAAGUGGCAGCUUAUGACAAAAAUAUUAAGAACAUGUUUAUUAUAAAGAUUCAUGGAGGUACAACAGAAAAUGAUGUGAUAAAAUGUUUAACAGAGGCUGAAUCUGAAGCAUUAAAAAAGAACAGAAAGGUGAAAGUUGAUACUGUAGUGUUCUUUGACGAAGCUAACACUAGCAAUGUUAUCAGUUUGAUUAAAGAGAUCAUGUGUGAUGGAAAAUGCAGGGGCAAACCAGUACCACCUUUUUUAAAGUUUGUAGCAGCUUGCAAUCCUUAUAGACGUCAUACAAAAGCCAUGAUAAAACAAUUAAAAGGUGCUGGCCUUGGAUGGAGAGAUAAAGAACCUUCAAAAGCAACUGAAAAACUAGGGGAAAUACCAUUAAGAGACUUGGUUUAUAGAGUACUACAAAUUCCUGAUAGUUUAAAAGCACUAGUGUAUGAUUUUGGAAAAUUGGAUAGUGACACUGAAAAAGACUAUAUUUAUCAAAUUGUUCACAACAGACUCAAAGAAGAAAUAAAUGAAAAGGAAGUACUUCGCGCUAUUGCUCAUGUUCUUGCAGAAUGUCAAAGAUAUUUAAAGGACAAUAAGGAUGAAUGUAGUUUUGUUAGUCUUCGAGAUGUAGAGCGAGCUAUGAUAUUCUUUAAGUUUUUUUACACAAGAUUUAUUGCUUUAUUUCCUACUCAAAAAAAAACUUCAAAAGCAACUGAAUCUUUAUUAUUGGCACUUACAGUGUCAUACUUUGCUAGACUUGACUCACAAGAUGUUGAUAAAGCUAAUGCCAGAACAAAAUUUGAAGAUCAUAUUAUUAUAUAUACCUCGAAAUUUAAGUGUUUGUCAGCACAUCAUGCACGUAAUUAUAGACCAAUGUUAUCUCAGUAUCAUGAUAAGUUACUUGACUGUAUGUCUAUUGAAGAAAAUAUAGCAAGGAAUGCAGCAUUGAAAGAAAACUUGUUUAUGAUGUUUGUAUGCAUUCAGUUACGUAUUCCACUGUUUCUAGUUGGGAAACCUGGUAGCUCAAAGUCACUAGCAAAGACCAUAAUUCAAAAUUCAAUGAGAGGACAAAAUUCUAAGAAUAAAACUCUGAGACAAUUUAAUCAUGUUCAUCUUCAUUCCUAUCAGUGCAGUGAAUUAUCAACUGCAGCUAGCAUCAAGGAUGUAUUUCACUCUGCUGUUAAAUAUCAAGAAAAGAGGAAAAAAAAUGACAGUUCUUUUGUAUCAGUUGUUGUAUUAGAUGAGGUUGGAUUGGCUGAAGCAUCUCCUUAUUUACCAUUGAAGUCUCUGCAUCCACUUUUAGAGGAUGGAACAGAAGGAACUGGUAGUACUGACAUGCGUGUCAAAAGAGAAGAUCGUGUAGCAUUUGUUGGUAUAUCUAAUUGGGCAUUGGAUCCAGCUAAAAUGAAUAGAGGAAUUUUAGUCAGGAGAAGUGAGCCAUCUAUUAAAGAUCUUAUAGACAGUGCAAAAGGAAUUUGUUCUGACAAAGGUGCAGAAUCACGACUUGCUAGCUACUUUGAGAAUCUUGCUCGUGCAUAUCAUGAAAUAUUUAAAAACCAACCGAGAGAAUUUUUUGGUCUUAGAGAUUAUUAUAGUCUCAUCAAGAUGCUCCAUUGGAUGACAGAGUCAACAGGCACUAUUCUUACUAUACCUCAACUGAGGCAUGCUAUCAAACGUAAUUUCAGUGGAUUUACUGCAACUGAAGGCUUUGAUCCGUAUAAAUGUUUCCUUGAAAGACUUCCAGAACUUAAUGAAGUAAUUCCAGCAAUUUUAUCCUCUCCUUUGAUGAAACGAUUAUAUAACAAUGCUGUUGUGUUGUUGAAGUGUAAAAAAUCCAAAUCAUUUUUAGCAGCAGCAUUUAACACCACAUUAGAAUUGACAAAACAGAGAAAUAUACCAAGCCAUUUUGUCAUUCAUUGUGAAAGUCAAGCUGGAAAGAAGAAAUUAUUUGCUUUUCAAAGUUUGUACUUCUUUGAGUAUUUUAUAGCAGAAUAUAGAGGAAAGCUGACAUUAAAAAAAGGGAUGCUGUUACUUUACAGUGAAGGAAAUUAAAGGUUAU